AUGGAGGAAUUGGCAGGAGCUUUUGGCAGCAGUGCCAGCUUGGCACUUCGUUUGGGUCAGACCGUUUUCUCUUCUUCUUCCCUCUUCUUCAUGUGCUUGGAACUCGGAUUCUACUCUUACACGGCUUUCUGCUAUUUUGUAACAGUCAUGGGUUUGGUAAUUCUAUGGAGCAUAACAUUGUUGGUGGUAGAUGCUUACUCUGUCUUCAUACAGUCUUUACCGAUUCAACGAAGGCUCAUAGUGAUAAUCUUUUUUGGUGAUAUGAUUAUGUCAUAUCUAUCACUAGCUGCAGCAUGUUCCACCUCCAGUAUCGUAGAUCUUCUGCUUGAAGCUGGUGAAUCAAAUUGCCCACCAAAGUUAUGUGAUAGAUAUCAAUUAUCUGCUGCUAUGGCAUUCUUGUCUUGGUUUCUUUCAUCUGUCAUGAGAGUGGUACCUCAGUAG